AUGUGUGAUGAAACCACAGGUUUGGACAUGUUUUAUGUAUUUCGUAAUAGAAAUGUUAAAUCAGGUUGUUUGAAAUGUAUACGUAGAGGUGCACCUGACAUCUUGACAUCAGUAAACAUCAAAUUAAAUUUGUUCUUAACAAAAUGUCUUACGAAAAUGUUCAAAUCUGAAUCUUUGCUCUCUUUAGAUUUACAAGAAUAUUUUUAA